AUUACCCUCGUGCUGCAAAUCAAAAUUAUGACAAUUUGCUUGUGAAAACCAACCAUGUCAGACGACGAAGAUUUGGCCCCAGCGGUCAAAAAACAAAGGAUUCACUUUGGAAGCCUUGAAACUGUAGAAAGAGAACGUCUGGUCACUGGAUCGUCCAACGAUAAUGAUGAUGAUAGAAAAGAUGAUGACGAUCAAGAAGCCGAGGGUGAGGACAACGAAGUGUCCGCGGCUGUCUUAGCUGGAAUUCGAGCGGGAAAUAUAAAUAUUUCCGAAGGAGAAUACCUUGAGCUGUCAGAAGACCAGACCAGUGAGAGACAUCAGGAACUUUUGGCAGAAUUUGAGAGAAGAAAAAAGGCACGGGCAAUAACUGUACCAACAGAUGAUGCUUCAGUUAAGGCAAGACUCCGAGAAAUUGGAGAACCAAUAACUUUGUUUGGAGAAGGUCCUCCAGAGAGAAGAGACAGAUUGAGAAUCCUUUUGUCUGAACUUGGUGAAGAUGUAUCCUUUGGAAAUAAGGAAGUUGCAGAGAAGUCAAAACAGGAACCAGAAGUUCAGGAAGAAGUCUGGUAUCAUGAAGGAGAUCCUGAACUCAAAAUAGCUCGAUUAUGGAUGGCUAAAUACUCUUUACCUCGGGCUUGUGAAAGAUUAAAGCAAAUGCGUAUCAAGCAAGCUAGACCUGAUCCAGAAAAGGCUGCCAAGACACAGGAGUUACAUCGGAAGCUGCGGGGUCUGAACAACUUUUGUAGUCAGAUUGGUGAUGAUAGACCACUGUCUUACUGCCAGUUCUCCCCAGACUCAUCCAUGCUAGCCACUGCAUCAUGGAGUGGCUUGUGUAAGCUGUGGUCAGUUCCUGACUGUGAACCAAUAGCAGUUUUGCGAGGUCAUAAUGAGCGUGUUGGCUCCAUUGUGUUCCAUCCCCAAGCUACACUGUCAUUGGAUGAAUCAGGACCUUGCAUGGCAUCCUGUGAUGCAGAUGGUGUUGUGCUUUUGUGGUCACUGAACAUGGACACACCACUUGCAAACAUUGAGGGACACGAGAAGCGUGUGUCCCAUGUGGCUUACCAUCCAUCAGGACGCUUUCUUGCAUCUUGUUGUUUUGAUCACUCCUGGAGGUUAUGGGAUUUGGAACAGCUAAAAGAGGUUCUCCAUCAGGAGGGUCACUCUAGAGAGGUGUACAGUAUUGCAUUUCAGGUUGAUGGCUCACUUGCAGCCACAUGUGGCCUCGAUGCGCGGGGCCUGGUAUGGGACCUUAGAACAGGUCAGUGUAUUAUGGGAUUGGAUGGACAUCUGAAAAAAGUGCUAGGAAUAGACUUUGCACCUGACGGAUAUCGUGUAGCUACUGGAAGUGAAGAUCAGAAAAUUAUGAUUUGGGACUUAAGGAAGAGGCAGUGUGUGUACACUAUUCCUGCUCACACCAACCUUAUAUCACACGUCAAGUUUCAAGAAGACUUCUUGGUCUCGGCAUCCUACGACAAAACAGUAAAGGUUUGGUCCCACCCUGGCUGGUCGCCUCUCAAGACCCUGACAGGUCAUGAACAGAAAAUAAGCUGUGUCGAUGUUUCACCAGAUGGUCAGUACGUUGUGUCCAGCUCCUUCGAUCGCACAUUCAAGCUGUGGACGUCCGAUUGAUCUCCGACAGAGCGAAUCUGAUAGACCUUGUUAGUAAUUCCAGUGAAAAUUGUCAGAUUAUCCGAAAAGAUAUUGGUCCCAACUUAUUCACAUACAUACGGUGACCCACAACUGUCACGGCAAAAGAAAUAACCUCGCGGCAAAAGAAAUAGCCUCGCGGCUAAAGAAAGACUCACGGCAAAAGGAAGAACCUCUCGGCAAAAAGGAAAAGACUCACGGCAAAAGAAAAAACCUCACGGCAAAAAGAAAAGACUCACUCGAAAGAAAUAACAAGGUGAUUUCUCUAGCCGUGAGUUGUUAACUUUUGCUGUGAGGUUAUUCUUUUUACCGUGAGUACAUACAUGUUACUAGUCCAAACCUCUGUGCGGGAUCACUGAUACAUAGCAAAUGUCAUUUGUAUAUAUAUACUUUAAAAUUGCAUCGAUUAAAGUGUUUUUGAAAUUUAA